AUGGCUGAUGCGCUCAUUUCCAUGCUGCUAGAACGGUUGGCCUCGACAACCUAUGAAUACAUAGAAGAAGGGGUGAAACUUGCUUUGAACGUUAAGGAAGAUGUUGAGAAAUUCACUCGGACUCUCCAAGUUAUUCGAGCUGUGCUUGAGGAUGCAGAGCAACGCCAAGUGACGGAUCAAGCUGUCAAAAUCUGGUUGGAUGAGCUCAAAGAUAUAUCCUACCAGAUGGUGGAUGUGCUGGAUGAGUGGAACACAGAUAUUCUCAAACAACAAGUUGAGAAGCAAGAAAGCGAAGGUGAUCCAAAUGCUCUUGUUACAAAGAAGAAGAUUGCCAAAGCCAUUAGUGGCGAUUACGCCCCAAGUUCAAAUGAAUUGGAUGAGGUCUUGCAAUGUAUGUCUAGAUCCAUCCAGGGCAAAAAGUUUCUCCUUGUCUUGGAUGAUGUAUGGACCGAUGAUCCUAAAAAGUGGGAACAAUUAAAGGUACCAUUAAUCCAAAGUGGUGCUAAAGGCAGCAGAAUAUUGGUCACCACAAGAAAACUAGAGGUUGCUAAUAUGAUGAGAGCAACACCAAACAUGAUCAAUCUGGAAGGGUUGAGCGAUGAAUAUUGUUUGGCAAUCUUCAAUCAUAUGGCCUUUCCUAAUGGGGAUGUAGAUGAGUCUAAGGCAUUUGGAGAUAUUAGUAAGAAAUUUGUAAGGAAGUGUAAGGGUUUGCCUCUUGCUGCAAAGACUUUAGGUAGUCUCAUGCAGAAUAAGAGAACAAUGAGAGAAUGGAAAGAGGUAUUGAAUAGUAAGAUAUGGGAUCUAGGGAAGGUCGAGCAAGAAGUUUUCCAACCCUUAUUCCUAAGUUAUUAUGAUUUGUCCCCAACAAUUAAAUCUUGCCUUUUAUAUUGUGCCACUUUUCCUGAAGAUUACGAGUUUGACCGAGAUGAUUUGAUUAAGCUUUGGAUGGCACAAGACUAUGUUAUUUCGAAAGGACAUAAAGAAAAGGGAACAACUGGUGAUGCAGUUUUUGACAACUUAGUGGCACAGUCUUUUUUUCAAGAUUUUGAGAAAGAUUCUGACACUGGUACAAUUACAAGUUGCAAAAUGCAUGAUAUUGUGCAUGACUUUGUACAAUUUCUCACCAGGAAUGAGUGUUUGAUUAACGAUUAUAAUGAGGAAACUACCAAUGAAUCAAAGAUAUUGGGUGAUAAGGUUCGUCAUUUGACCUUGAGAUAUGUUCCUGAAGGUCCACUUCCACUUUCUAUCUCAUCUUACAAUUGCAAAAAUCUUCGCACGCUCGCAACUUUUGAUUCAAGAAUUACUACAGUGGACCCAAAUUUAAUUUCACAAUUAAAAUGUCUUAGGACAUUAAAUUUGAGUGGUUAUUCCAUCAAAGAACUCCCAGAGAAGAUUGGUGAAUUGAUACAUUUAAGGCAUAUUGAUUUGUCUUACAAUGAUGUUUUGGAGAAAUUACCGGAUACUAUUUGUGGUUUGUACAAUUUGUCUACCUUGCGCUUUAAUGAUUGCUCUAAACUUGAAACACUGCCUCAAAACAUGGGAAACUUGAUUAACUUAAAGCAUAUUUAUGUUGAUUACUGUAACAAUCUGAAGUCGUUGCCCAAAGGGAUAGGGAGAUUAACAAGUUUACAAACAGUAGAUGUGUGUCAGUGUGGUGGUGACAACGAUGAAGCAUUCCAAAUUGGGGAUCUGAGAAAGUUGAACCUUGAGGGACGUCCGGAAAUACAACUUGUGGGGGAUGCGACAGAUAAGAGCGAGUGGACGAACAGUAGUAGUAGUAGUGUAGAAAUACUGAAUGCCUUACGACCGCACCCAGAUUUGGAAUCUUUAAAUAUUCGGGAUUAUAAUGGCACCACGUGGCCCAAUUGGAUGCUGUCUUUACACAAUUUGAGAUUCCUUAGUGUUGGUAGCGAGACACAGUGUGAACUUUGGCCUCUUGGGAAAUUGGAGUCCCUUGAAACACUGACCCUAUCAUCGAUGGAUGGAGUGAGAAAGGUCGGUGUUGAAUUUUUGGGAUUAGAAGAUCAACCCUCAUUCAGAAUCAGAUCACCACCCCUGAUAUUAUUCCCAAAAUUGAAACGACUCCACUUUUACAGGAUGUCGAAUUGGGAAGAGUGGGAAGGCGUGGAAGAGUGGACGAAAGAGGCUUCUGAAAUUACAAUCAUGCCAUGCCUUUCUGAGUUAGAAAUUGAAUACUGCAAUUCGCUAAAAGCACUGCCAGACUUCCUCUUCAAAACACCAUUGCAGACUCUUGAGAUCUACGGAUCUGACAGACUUUCAGAGCGUUACGAAGAAGGCAAUGGAGAGUGGGCCAAGAUUUCUGCUACGAUCCCAAACAUCAGCAUAAAAAGAAGAUACAGAUGA